CGUGAGGGCUGUGCUUGGCCUACUGUCAGCAAUUCAGCAUUCCUCCAAUAUCUACAAUCUGGCUUAUCGGUCUGUAUUGGGUUUGUCCGACUGCCCUCGCAUACCAAACACGCGCUUGAGUUCGCUGCUCUCAGCUUCAUGACGACAACGCGUCUUUCAACAGUCUUGGUAUACACACGGCUAUCCCUUGAAUUUGCGAGAACCCCGCAAUGAUAUUUUUGUCUCCUUCAGCAAUCACAAGAUUAGUGGAUUCAGAAGCCUGUCCACGCCGAAGGCCAUUUUACGCUUUUGUCGACCUGUGAGCGGUCUGCCCUCAGGGGUCCCCGCUCCCUCAUCAUGUCGAAACCAUAUCAACACACCUUUGAAUCUAUCCAAUCUCCCUUGAGCGGCCCUGGCGGCUACUCGAAUCCCGCUUCUCCUGUCGGCGGCCAACCGCCCUCCUUCAAAACAAACCUCAAUCGUGCCAAAACAAAGAAAUGGGUAGAAGCGAAAGGAUACUCCUACGAUGGAGAUGAUUGGGGUGAAGUCGAUGAAUAUGACGAAUACGGUGGUUAUGACGAGCCACAACCGCCUGCAGUACCUGCUGUUCCUGCUAUGCCACCCCUACCAAAGCAACCUACAGGACUCAGACAAAAGGGCCAGAGUGCUGCAAGCCCACGCUCGAGUCCCCAAACUGAACAAACUGGGGUUUUCUCUCCUCCUGCCAAACAGGGCUCCUCACCGUCUAUUGGUCACCAACAACAUUACAAUGGCCCCUCCGCCGUAGCUUCAUCAGGGUCGUCGGCUGUCCCACGGGGUGUUUCCCCAGGCCGCCCAAGGGCCAAUUCUUUCGAGCAGGGGGACGAUGCGGUGGCCAUGCCCUCCGCUCUUGCGGAGCCGGGAGGAGCUUGGGGCCAGGUCUCGUCCAAUGAAGAUCAAUCACACAUCCCGAUUCGUACGUCCGCUACAGGCUCGCCCGUUUCUCAUUCCCCCACUCUGCACCCAUGGGCCAGUGGCGAAGCACAUGCGCCCCAAGCAGAGCAAAAGCCACCCCCUCUUCGGAUCGAGACGCAAUCUGUUGCUGCGGGUGCUCCUCCGCAACCACCUACUGUAUCGCCAAAGUAUGCAACGUAUUCUCCGUCCCCAUCAGCUGGAAGUCAUCGAGCUGUUUCCGAUACUGACAGGAGACACCCCUCUGGUCCCGCGAGUCGGAGGCAAUCCGUUGACAGCAAUGCACCGUCUGUCGAAUUACAGAGUCGGCGUGAUUUCUCGCCUUCCGUUGCCCCUCAACGUAAUCCCAGCGCCUCCAACUCCCCGAAUCCAAAUGAGUUUCGCUUUCCGCCUCGCAAGAGUAGCUUGAGUCAGAGGACAGCUUCAUGGAACCGGACACCGCGUCCUUAUGAAGAUGUCUCUCAAGCUUUCCCGCAGUCUCCAGGCUCCGAAACAUUGCAAUCUCCUAUAUCCGAUCAAGGCGGAUUCAGUACAACAAAAGCAACGACGUUUGUCCGACCGGCUGAUAUCUACAAACGAAUUGAAGCUGAGCGAGAGAGGGAAAGGCGCUCUUUGGAUUCUGGCAGACCGAGCCUGGACUCCGUUCGAAGCCGCUCCAGUGAACCUGAAAGGGUCACAAGCCCGCCACUAAGGGAACGCUUGAGCUCCGAAAGUCUUGGUCGAUCUAUCAGGGGACGCUCAAGUUUUGAUGGAACGGGCGACCUUGAGUCUAACCGUAGACUGAAGCCAAUGCUCGAUCCCGUAAAGGAGAGAAAAAGCGAAUAUGGCUUUGAAGGAUUUUCAUAUGAGGCCGCAAAAGCGGCUGAAGAGCAGUCCAAAAACCCGGUUGAUGCCUCAUCUAAAGCAGGCCAACGAGACUCGAGGCCAAUUCUUCCUGACCUUAACCGCAUCUCUGCCUUUGGAGAUUCUCUUUUCGGACCUACUCUUGCCUCUUCAGAUUUCCUCUCCGGUCCAGAAGGGCAACCUCCCGAGGCCAUUGCUGGACCUACUGUCACCGAACCUGUCCGCGAUGUGGCUAAUGAAAAGACUCUUGAGCACCAACCUUCUCUGGGAUUUCGGUCAGUGGUGAAUCAAGCUUUCGACAGGAAAGAUGACAAAUCUGUCCCGCCAACUCCGUCCUCUACGGAUCGCUCAGAUAUUCGAAGUGGUAGUGAAAGUACGACCGAGAUAAGUCCAAUCAUGAGUCGCGUUCCUGAUAUUGCUUCACUUGAUGCCCAAGCUGGGAAUGCUGCCAAAACGCAGCCGGAGAUGGGAGCUAUCACCGAAGAAAUUAAUGAGUUCGACGCGGGUUCUAGACCAACUUCUACCGCAACCGCCAUACCCGCAGAUGUCGUGAGGACACCGUCGCCUCCUCCUUCUGCUCAUUCCCGCAAGACGUCAGAGAACUUGCCGCAGGGCUUUGUGCCUGGGCAUCGGCGGGAUUUGAGUACCCCUAGCCCGGCAAAUAGUCCGGCACGGUCGCCGGCUCUCAAAUCUACCGAGACCAAUGCCGCAGAAAAGCAAGCCGAGGUCACAUCCGCCACUCCCACAGAUGCCCAAGCUGUCCAUCACCCUUCAGAACAACCAAGUGGACCUCCCACAGGACUACCUGAAGUCGCAUCUGAGACUGAAGGGCAAGACCUCUCUAUCAAUGACACGAGCAAUCCACUGGACCAAGCAGAGGUCGAGAAAGUCGCUCUAGAGCAUCGCUCUCCGGAGGCGUCUCCAACUAGAGAGCCUCGAUCACCGACUUUUAGUGUUUCUCCUCGAAGUGGAUCCGAAUCCCCAAGCAAAGGCCGGGUACGAGAUCUUGCUGGCAUGUUUGACUUGAAUGAGAGAUCGUCACGUCGUGGCUCUGCCACUUCCUUUUCCUCUCGAGGAAGUGUCACAGAGAAGGCCAAAGAUGCCACGGAUGCGAGCCGUCUAGUUCCGAAUCGACUAGAGAGUUUCCGGCCAUCUUUGCCUGGCGGGUGGGUAUCAUUUUCAACCAUGGCUGACAAUAGCCCAAGUCGACUCAGUGUGGUGACGGACGAUACUGCGGCUAAGGAGGCCGGUCAGAAAGAUGCCAUCCGAAACGAAAAUGUCCCUGAAUUCGGGCCAGCUUUGCAGGGCCCAUCAGAGGAGGGUCUUGAUUUGGUACAAACCAGCGCUGGUCAGGGCGCGCUGUCGCCUGAAAGUAGAGUACCUGAGCACGACGCCUUUGCAGCAGCUGCGGCCGCAGGUGCUGCCAUGGGUGCAUCAAUUGCCGACUCAGUCCGGCAACUGCGAGAGCGGGGUGGUUUCGACUCGACUUCCCCAUCUGACUACGAGCGGAACGAGCAUACCGACACGUCACUUGAAUCUUCAAUCCAUAGUCAUGUGGCACCUCAUUUUGAGAUUCACAGUGACGAAGAUGUGGUUGACCAAGGUUUGGACGCACAAACGAGCUCGCCGAUGCCUCAGCUUCUCACUCCCUCCAACUUGGAGUCGUCUGGCUCUCCGAGCGUUGGCCCUACGCCUCCCCCCAAGGAUACGCCGUAUCAAACAGGCCGCGCUGAAUCUGACUAUUUCCCUCCAACGCUGCCCCUGAAGCAUAAGAGUAUCAAUCCGGCUAUGCAGCCGCCAAUUCUCAACCCAACCGUUCGUCCAGAAAUAUUACCCUCUUUAAGCACAGAAACUUCUCCACAAGACCUUGAAAGCGAUCGACUCAGAAAAGAGAUUGUCAGAAGGCUUAGUCCAAUGUCCUCAUCUGAACAGGAUGCUCUUCGAGAGCUGGAAGACUCCGAGGGCGUUCCAGAUAAUGCUGAUUCCAAGUCGUUCGAUCCAGCUCGGGAAAGCACAUUCUUACCCAGCGAAUAUGAUAGCUAUUGGGAUCAUGGGGAGCGCGAUGAUGAUGAGGAUGAGGAUGAUGAAGUUACGAGUGGUAGUCGAACUCCGCCUGCACGGGCCGAGCAAAGCUUACACCCUGUCGAGCUUGAGAGCGAUCAGUUCACUCUAGCAAAGGCGUCGCAUGAGCCAGCAGCGGAGCCGGAACAACAUCGCGACGUCCCUUUGACGGAGCAGGCUGGUGCCGCAAGUACAAUGGCACAAGGCCCACCUUUGCUCAAGAAGAAGUUUUCCUGGGAAGAAGAUUCUCGCUCUCAAUCUCCUGAAUCAGUUGAGCUUCAUCCUCCAGAUUAUCCGAGCCAUGGGGAGGCUUUCGAAAUCCCUAAGCCUGUGUCAUCCGAAGAAACUCGAGACUCGCUUCAGAGUGUCUCGACUACAAUCCCUCAUGAACAACAGCUUGGCGAGGGACAAUCCUCUAAGGAUUUGCAGUACAGCAAACGGGAAUUUUCAGUUCCUAGUGGAUACAGAUCUUCCCUCCCUCCGUAUGAAGAGGCCAUGGAUGUUGCAGACGGCGUUGCACCCGAUACUGCCAGCAGUGAAGCGCCAGAACCUCUGCGCUCGUCCACUUCCACUGGCCUCCAUGACAUCGAAAUACCAGCAAGUAGACCUACCUCAACCGCACUGGAGCAUACAUCCGUGAUUCCAGCAGAGCAGGCGCCUGUAGUUGACCAGGAGAAAACUGGUCCAAUUGUAGGCGCACCUGACGACGUAGCUCAGUCAACGCAAACCACCUCACAGCAAAAGAUGCCUUCGUUUAGGGAUAUUUUGGCCCUAACCAACCCGUUUGACCGGAUACAAUCAUAUAAUAUAGCCCGAAAGCAGCUGGCGGAAUCGGAUUCAGGGUUAUCUAACUGGAUUACUUCGAUAACUGCUGCUAAUCCUGAGUACGCAGACUUGGUUUCCACAAACAGAGAAGCCAGUCAACCAGCGGGUUCUAGUACCAAGCGCUCAGUUAGUUCCAUUCAGGGUCCCACUCAUGCUAGCGGAAGCAUCAGGAUCACCAGUCAUCACAUGCAAACCAAAGGCAAGGAUCUCCUUCACUCCGCGGGCGCCUUAGGCGGGAGAGCAAAUAUCGCCGCCAAAGGUCUUUUCUCCAAAGGAAGAAAUAAGUUACGCGGCAGCAAUGCUGAGAAGGUAGAUACUUAAUUUCCCGUUUUUAUUUUUUUCUUUUCCUUUCUUUUCCUUUUUUUUGGUUCCCUCUCCGCCAUUUUGGUGCAUACCUCACUAUAUAUUUUUAAUAUUCAAAGUCAUGUCUUUUUACGCUUCUAUUGAUGUAUCCAGGGAGUCACGGCUAUAGCUGGGUGACUCGUGAGCCAAGAGGAUAAAGUGUACGAUGAAGCCCGGUCUGGUCUGUAUUAUUCAUGACGGUUGGACUGGUGCGAAAUAACGUUUUGGAGCGUUUUUGUAGUUUUUGUUUCAAAACUUGUACUUCAGAUUUCUAUUCUCAUGACUUUUUAUGUUGAUGAUUGGUGUACUUAGGAAACUCAUGCUUCUCCCUUGGCUGGUGGAGAGAAUAGUGCUUCUUGCGUGCCUAGUCAAACUCCCCUUGCGUCCCAGCGAGGC